AUGAUAGGGGGGAUUUUCCCCGUUUUCAACAAGGAUGUCAGCAACAUCGCUACAUUUGACCGGGAACCUCCUGCUGUGAUGUGUGCUCUGUUUGAUCUUCGGGCUUUUCGAUGGGCACAAAUGAUGAAGUUUGCGAUAGGAGAGAUCAACGCAGAUCCUGCACUCCUGCCUAACAUCUCUCUGGGUUACAGGAUUCUCAAUUCCUGUUCGUCUCCUACAAAUACUUUACGAGCUGCACUAACGCUGGCAAAUAGUCAAAAUGAAAAAGAAACGGUUUCUGGCUGUUCUCCAGCUGUAUCUGCGGUAAUCGCAGAGGCAGGAUCGUCUCAGUCCCUGGCAGUCGCUGGAAUCCUUGGACCUUUUCAAGUCCCAGUGAGUUACUUCUCAACAUGCGCCUGUCUCAGUAACAGAGCUAAAUACCCAACGUUUUUCCGAACAAUUCCCAGCGACUACUUCCAGGCAAAAGCCUUGGCAGCUCUGGUUAAACACUUUGGUUGGGAGUGGAUCGGAGCCAUACAGUCAGACAACGACUACGGACGAAACGGGGUGCUGGCUUUUAAAGAGGAAGUUGAAAAGUUUGGGAUUUGCAUUGCUUUUGUUGGGACAGUUAUGCGAACGUACCCUCAGGAAAAGAUCCUGAAAGUUGUAGAAAUGAUCAAACAGUCAACCGUCCAAGUCAUCCUGGCUUUUACUCCUGAGGGUGACUUUUCUCCUUUGAUGAGAGAGGUUGUGAAGCACAACAUCACUGGAAUACAGUGGCUUGCCAGUGAAGCAUGGAUAACAGCACCUCAGCCUUCAACCCCGGAAAUGUACCGAGCUUUCGGCGGAGCGUUGGGAUUUGUCGUUCAGAAGAUGAACAUCCCAAAUCUGAAUCCAUUUCUUACAAAUAUUAACCCUUACAGAGAUCAAAGUGAGCCUUUUGUGAAGGAUUUCUGGGAGAUAAUGGUUUCCUAUCAUCUACAAAGAGUGAACUUCAGGAACCAGUUUGGAGACGAUGUGUUUUUUGACGAGAACGGCAACCCUCCUGCUUCCUACGACAUCAUCAACUGGCAGCUCGUUCCAUCAUCAGUGUGCUCAAAAGCUUGUCCAGCAGGAACCAGGAAGGCUCAGAUCAAGGGGAAACCAGUGUGUUGUUUUGAUUGCAUUCCAUGCGCAGAAGGAUCUAUCGCCAAUUCAACAGAGUGCGUGGCCUGUCCACUUGAAUACUGGUCCAAUGAUAAACGAAGCGAGUGCAUUGCAAGAGAAAUCGAGUUCCUGGCGUAUCAUGAGCCCAUGGGAGUGGCGCUCACAGUGGUGGCCUUGCUCGGCGCCUCCUUGUCUCUGCUCACGAUGAUGGUUUUUAUCCACUACAGAGAAACUCCUGUAAUAAAAGCCAGCAACUCAGAGCUGAGCUGCUUCUUGCUGCUCUCUCUCUUCCUGUGCUUUCUCUGCCCUCUGACCUUCAUCGGCAGACCCACCGUCUGGACCUGCAUGCUGCGCCACACCGCUUUCGGAGUGACAUUCGCACUUUGCAUUUCCUGUGUGCUAGGGAAGACCAUCGUGGUCGUGACAGCGUUCAAAGCCACACAUCCCAGUAAUAAAGUCGCAGUAAAGUUUGGUCCCACACAGCAAAGGAUCAUCGUUUGCUCCUGCACGUUAAUUCAAAUAGUGAUCUGCAUACUGUGGCUGAAGUUAAAUCCCCCCUUGCCGGAUCGGGUUUUUAAAUACAGCAACAGGAAAAUUGUGUUGGAAUGUAACACGGGGUCAGAGGUCGCCUUUUAUGUGGUUUUGGGUUACAUAGGCUUUCUUGCAGUGGUGUGUUUGGUUCUUGCAUUUUUAGCGAGAAAACUGCCAGAUAAUUUUAACGAAGCUAAGUUUAUCACGUUCAGCAUGCUGAUAUUCUGCGCCGUCUGGAUCACUUUCAUCCCAGCGUACGUCAGCUCUCCUGGAAAGUUCACCGUCGCUGUGGAGAUAUUUGCAAUCCUGUCAUCAGCAUUUGGCUUGUUAAUAAGUAUUUUUGCACCGAAAUGUUACAUCAUCUUCAUAAAGCCAGAGAAAAACACGAGGAAACAUGUCAUGGGGAAAAAAUAA